AUGCCCAGAAAUGUUUUUCAACUUAUCAAUGCUAACAUCAAGACUUACGAUGUCACAACUUUUCCGGAUGAAGUUGAGAAAGAGAGUUGUUUUAUAGGUGAUGAAGUAGAGAGUGAGGACAGUGCAUCAGAUGAAGAGGAAAUUCCAGAGAAUAAAGAAGAGACUGAUGAAGAAGACUAUUUGAGUUGUGAUGAGUGGGUCAAAAAACAUCCUGUUGACCCGACCGAAGAGAAGCUAAAAAAGGAUGUUGAAGUGAGACAAAAAGUAAAUGAUGAAGAGACUAUAGAAAAGGGGUUAAUCAAAGCAUCAAACACGCCAAACUCGAAUGACAAGUUUGGAAAAAUUAGGGAAGUGUUGGAAGCUUUUAUUCACAACUUAGUGAACAACAAAUACUUUACACCGAGCACCACGCUAUUGGUUGAUGAACACCUUUGCGCAUUCAAGGGAAAGAUAUGGGCAAAGGUAUUCAUCAAGUCCAAACCUCAGCGUUACGGCAUCAAGUUUUGGAUGUGCUGUGAUUGUGGAAGUGGUAUGGUUAUAAACCUACAGAUGUACUGUGGAAAAUGCGACAAUAAGGAAGAAAAUCAAGGAUUUCGGGUGACGAUAGAUAUGGUAGCUCCACAAUUGUGUAUGGGAAAAGUUGAGGUACCAGAAGAAGCCAAGCAAAUCAAACGGUAUGACCCCAAUGAUGAUAAGAAAGCUACUACAAGUAAGGCAGAUUCAACGGAAAUGUAUACAAAGGGUGUAUGCAAACUGCUUUCUUACUAUUACGAAAAAAAGACCUUCGUGCUCAUUAUGACGACGAUGCAUAAUGCUAAAGAGUUGUACGCCGUUCAGGAGCAAGUGAGGGCAAAGGAUGGCAAACUUGUGAGUGUACACAAACCAUUGUGA